CUAAGAAAACGAGCCUACAUUUUACCGUAAAGCGGCAAGUAUAAACACGCUCAGAAAAAUGUUUUGGUCAAUUAAUAUUAAAGAUUUGAUGAUUUAAUCAAGUGGAUUUUACAACCCCAAAAACUAUGGCAACGUCUUCAUUAGAUUUAUCAUCAACAGAGUUAUCGCUAAUUGAUUGUGGUGUAUCUGGUCUACUUGAUCUUCCUCUCCAAAGUCAUUUGCUGAGUCUCAAUCUACAUAGCAACUAUAUACAAAGAUUGGAAAACCUAAACCGUCUUACAUUGCUUCGUCAUUUGGAUUUAUCCUCUAACCAAAUAACCAAAAUUGAAGGUCUUGAUUCUCUGAAAUCUUUAAGAACAUUAAACUUGUCAUGCAAUUUAAUUUGUGUUGUUGAAGGAUUGUUUCAAUUGAGGUCAUUGGUGAAAUUAAACUUGAGUUUUAAUCAGAUUGAUGAUGUCAGCGGUUUUAAGUUCAUUUCUGGUUCAGGUUUUAAAUUAGCACACAUAGAACUACAUGGUAACAGAAUCCGUUCUGCUGUUAGAUUUGCUCAUAGUUUAAGUCAGUGUUCUAAUCUACAAGAUCUUGUUUUAUCACAAGAAGGCUCUAGUAAUCCAGUAUGUCAUCAAACAGGCUAUAGAAGUGAUCUACUGUCUCGUUUACCACAGUUGAAAUCAUUAGAUGGGCGUGAUAAGUAUGGACAUAUAUCUGUUACUAAGGACAUCAUUGAAGAUAUACCAGGUUUAGACGAAUAUAUAGAAUACCUGGAUUCCACAUCAACAACUGACACAGUUCAAGAGCCACCUGUUAUGGAUCUUAUUACCCCAAAAAUAGAUGAGGCUAUGGAACAGUUUAAACGACGAUGUCAAACAUCUUACGAUACUACUACUAGUAUAUCAGAUGUAGAUAGAAGUCCUUCACAAAGAAAUAUUCAACAGCCUAGUGAAAACCCAGACUAUACUCAUCGUCUAGAACAACUGGAAAGUCAGAUAUCACAGCUAUUGAAUAAAAAUCAGCAGGUAUAUGUUGCUGAAUCUAGUAGACCUACAGAUAAAGAAAACAGAUCACUUGUGCAUUCUGCAAAACUUCAAGCUGAAAGAGAUAUUGUAACUGAGGAGAGUGAAGAUGAUAUUAAUAAAACACCUAUAAAGAAAUCAAUGCGUAAACAACGGAAAACUAAAGUACCAAAUUAUCAGCGACAGACUGUGGCAUCAGGUGUGAAGAAAGACAGCCUGAAUGUUAGGUCAACAACAAGUUCUGAAGACAUGGAAUGUAGAAUAUCACUAGAAGAUAGAUCACUAACUGUUAAAGCUCAAAAAACAAUACCAGUUAAAUCUGUCAACCUUGAUCAUAAACUACGACAAGAUACAGCAACUACAUACACACAAAUGAUGAAAGAACUGGAACAAGAGAGAGAAAGACGAUGGAAGUCUGAGCAAGCAACUAAAAAAUUAGCAGACUAUAUAAAAGAGUUACAAGAAAAAGCUAAAGAAGAUAGUAAUAUAAAAGCGACAGCAAUAGACGCCACAUCUCAUCUGAAAAAUGCUCUAAUGAACGAAAAAGAAACCAAAGAAAAAUUAAAAGCACAAUCAGAUAGUUUACAGGAGAAGGUCAAACUACUGAAAGAAGAAUUAUGUAAAUCAAGACAACAUGAAUCAUCACAGAAAGAAGCUAUAAAAUCUAUGGAGGAAACUUUAACUAAACAAGAGAGAGAGAAACUUCAACAAGAUGCUCAUAUUAAUAAAAAAUAUCAAGAAGUGCAGAUGAGAUGUGCCGCACUGAAUAGAGAAGUUGAUAUGUUACGUCAAUCGUCAGAAAAACAGAAACAUCAAAUCCACCAACUUCAAGAAUUACUGGCCAAUAGAGAACAAGAACACAGGGAGGAACUAAAAAAAAGAUAUACAUUAGAUAGCCCACAGCUUCAAAGUGUCAUCGAAAAAGAGAUCAAACAAAUAGAAAAAGAAUACAAGACAGAAGUUAAAACACAACAAGAAAAAAUUGAUGUUUUGGGUAGACAAUAUACUGAAUUGGAAGAUGAAUUUCGAAUGGCAUUGCAAAUUGAAGCCUCUCGGUUCCAGCAAGUUCAAGAGGCUUUUGAAAGAAUAUCAGAAGAAAAUGCAGGAAAUAAAACAGAAUUAAUGGGAGCUUUGAAAAAAGAUGAAAAAGCAUCAGCAAUGCUUAAAGAACUUUCUUUGUUAGUAAAAGAACAGAAGGGAAGAAUUGCAGAAUUAUCUAAAUCUAAACAAGAACAGGCACUAGAGUACAGAGAGCGGGUUCAAACACUAGAAGCCCAUGUUGAAGAAGCCAGAAAACGCAUGGUACAGUUUGAACUAUUAAAGAAGGAAAAGGGAAGAAUUUCAGCUGAAUUAGAUGCAAAGCAGUCUGUUAUUGAUGGCUUAAAAGCUGAGAGAAAACUUUGGGGUCAGGAAUUAGCUCAACAAGGUUCCUCCCUGGCACAGGAUCGUGGACGAUUGGAAGCAAAGAUAGAAACCUUACAGGUUGAAUUGAAUACCAUGAAGAAACAUUUGGAAAAAGAAACAGAUGUUGUGAAAAUUAAAACUAAGAUGAUCGAUGAUCAAACAGAAAGUAUUAAAAAACUCAAAGAGGGUUUAUUGGAGAGAGAUGAGGAGAUAAGAAAAUCUAGAGAAGAAGCUUUGAGAAUUCAGAAAUCUUUAGAAGAACAGUUAGCUGAAGAGAAAUCUAUCAGUCAAGACAAUCAGGAAAUGGUUGAAAGAUUGCAAGAACGAAAGACUGAGUUGAAACAACAAAUAGAAGACUUGAAAAUCCAAUUAGAUGAAUCCCAAAAUGCUCAUAGUGUUCUAAAUAAUAAAUGGAAAGAAAAAUCAAAUCUGAUCAGUAGUUUAGAACAACAGGUUGGACAGAUGAAACAAUCAUGGGAAGAUAAAGAAAAGAGAUUAACCAAGGAACGUGAUCGAGCUGUUGAAGCUACGAGCCUUGCUGUUCAAAAAUUGAAAUCAAUAGAUGAAACUUUCCAUCAGAAAUUAGAAGCCAAAGAUAGAUCCUAUCACGAUCAUAUUAACCAAUUAGAGGAAGAAAAACGCAAGGAAAUAGAGCAGGCCAAUAGACAGGUUUUUGUAGUAGAACAGGAGAUGAGAGAUUUAUUAAGGGAAACAGAAUCAAAUAAAAGAGGAAUGGAAGAUAAAGUUAAACAAAUGACAAAAGCUUUGGCCUCUGUGGCUCAGUGAGUAAAACAUUGGCUUAAUUGCUUACCUGGAGUUCCUGUGUUCGAUCCCAGUGUUUGGAGAGAAAGUUCAUCAGGAUGUUUUGGCGCCGUUCCUCCUUGUCAGUGGUGCAGGACAGAGGGCUUGCCAAGGGUGUAUAGUCAUUCAGGUGAGAUGAGAAACUGAGGUCUUGUGUACACAGUGUAGUGCCGUUGUCUUGGCAAAAUUUCAACCAUAGUACACUGUAUGGCAUAUGCCCAUCUUCAUUAGCCCAGUCAAGAGUAGAACAGUAGGAUGUUAAAGGUGUUAAACCCCAUUUCAUUUUCACUAAUGGGAUACAAACAUUUUAUUGGUUUUGAAAUUUCAUAAAAUAUAAACAAAUAUAUGAUUU